CUUUUAUUCCUCGGCGCACCUUCUGCUCCAUCGCCAGACGAUGCAUCCCGGCAACUUCUAACAGAACCGGACCUGCGGCACAGAUGAGUGACACUGAACAACAACGGUCAGCUUCAUAGACAGGUAAUGGAUCCAGUGUGACUGUUUCAACAACAUCCUGCCCAGCUGGCUGAUCUAACUCUUUAGCUAUGGCAACUUGUCCAAGAGGCUGCACCCCAGCGGUGCGCCUUUGUCAGAAACUGAACAGGCUCAAGAUACUGGAGGAUGACAUGAUGGCCACGUCGCUGAAACGCUGCCUCUCCACCCUGGACCUGACUCUGUUGGGAGUUGGUGGCAUGGUGGGCUCUGGGCUUUAUGUCCUGACAGGAACAGUAGCUAAAGAAAUGGUUGGGCCUGCCGUCAUCAUAUCCUUCCUUUUUGCAGGUUUUGCGUCUUUACUGGCCGCCUUUUGUUACGCAGAGUUUGGAGCACGCAUUCCAAAAACAGGAUCCGCCUACAUGUUUACCUAUGUCUCUGUGGGGGAGAUCUGGGCCUUUCUCAUAGGCUGGAAUGUGAUUCUGGAAAACAUGAUUGGUGGCGCUGCUGUGGCACGUGCCUGGAGUGGCUAUCUGGACUCCAUUUUUAACCACGCCAUCCAGAACUUCACAGAGACACACAUUAUGAAGUGGGACGUGCCCUUCCUUGCCCAUUACCCUGACCUCCUUGCAGCAGGGAUUCUAGUAGUUGCCUCGUUCUUCAUUUCCUUUGGAGUUCAAGUGUCUUCUUACCUCAACCAUAUCUUCUCCACUAUUAGUAUGGGUGUCAUCGUUUUCAUCCUGGUCUUUGGCUUUAUACUGGCUGAACCAGUCAAUUGGAGCCAGAAAGAGGGAGGUUUUGCACCUUUUGGGCUGUCUGGAAUACUGGCAGGCUCGGCCACGUGCUUCUACGCAUUUGUGGGCUUUGAUGUAAUUGCGUCCUCAAGUGAGGAGGCAAAGAACCCGCAGAAAGCUGUUCCCAUUGCCACUGCAAUCUCCCUUGGACUAGCAGCAACCGCUUACGUCCUGGUCUCCACAGUGCUCACACUAAUGGUACCCUGGCACACACUGGACCCCAACUCGGCUCUGGCGGAUGCUUUCUUCCGCCGUGGUUACAGUUGGGCUGGAAUUGUCGUGGCAGUAGGUUCCAUCUGUGCUAUGAACACUGUGCUGCUCUGUAAUCUCUUCUCCCUCCCUCGGAUUGUGUACGCCAUGGCGGAAGAUGGGUUGUUUUUCUCCAUUUUCGCACGGGUCAAUCCCGUCACCAAAGUCCCUGUCAUUGCUAUAUUGGUGUUUGGGAUCCUCAUGGCCAUCAUGGCUCUCAUCUUUGACCUGGAGGCCUUGGUUCAGUUCUUGUCCAUCGGCACCCUCCUGGCGUACACCUUUGUGGCAGCGAGUGUUAUUGUGCUGCGCUUCCAGCCUGAUAAAACCAGCUGCAAGGGAAGCACUUCCACAUCUCCCAACCCUAAUGCGGAGCCUUCCCCUGCCCCCUCCGAGUCUCAGACCAUAACUGAGGACAGCGGGGAGCUGAAGCAAUAUGAGUCCUUCUCUGACAAACUCCAGUUGGUGGAGAGGCAGAAGACAAGAGAGCGGCGUGGGGUGGGGCAGCUGAGGGCCUACUGGGAACCAUACUUGGGCAGGCUGUUGGGGGACUGUGAGCCAGGCGAGGUGGUGGCCUUCAGCGUGCUAACUCUGAUAGUGAGCUCAGUCUCCCUCUGUGUUGUGCUAGAAUUUGGAAGCAAACAGCUACAGCUGCCGGUCUGGAGCGUCACAGUGCUACUGGUGAUAUUCAUCUUAGCUUAUGUUCUCAGCCUGGCGCUAAUAUGGAUUCACGAGCCACAAACCGUCAGUAAAACAUUCCAGGUACCUUUGGUUCCACUGACUCCAGGUGCCAGUAUCCUCAUUAAUGUAUUUCUCAUGAUGAAGCUCAGCCCUCUAACCUGGAUUCGAUUCACUGUAUGGAUCGCUAUAGGUCUCUUAGUGUAUUUUGGCUAUGGGAUCUGGCACAGUAAGGAGGGCAUGCGGGAGCUCCAGCCCAAAGACAUGGCCGCCCGCUAUGUGGUGCUACCCAGCGGCAGCCUAGUCGAGACAGUGCAGUCUGUCCAGCCUGAUGGACAAGUGGACUCCUCUGCGCACCACAUCAACCCCUCCACUUCCUCGACAGCUGAGGAGUACGCAGGAAAGAGAUGAUGUGUGACCAAAUAUUGUCGUUACCACUGCCUGGUAUUCUCUGCUGUCUCCCACUCAUGUGCUGUACUAUUACUUGUGUACUGUCUGUAACUCUCUCCCUUUAGCGUGACCGGCCUGCCACAGUCUGUACUCGUUGCUCUGCAAAUGUAAGCACACCACGGGAUGAGAUGCACGCUCUCUGUCUCAUUGUGAAGCAUAUUUGUAUAUCUUGUAAUACUCGAAUGUACAGUAGAGAGCUUUAUUACUGUCCUGUAAAUUCCUAGCGUCAAAGUUGUAUUAUAUCCAACUUUCCAGCUCUUUUCUUGCAUCCUUGUCAGUUUGUCAAACUCCAUGUGUUUAUAGGUUAUAUUUGGUGCUUACUUUGUGACAAACUACUUUUAGUUAGGUGAACUCAUUGGAUGAUUGUUAUCACAGACCUGGAGCAGGAUAAUCAACAUUCACCAAAACUGUCAUUUUGAUGUUAACAAAGUGGAAGACAACCUACCCCCUUUUUGGAAGAUAUAAUUUUGAGCACAGUAGGCAUUCAUUUGUUGCAUGUUAUUUUGUUUCCAUCAGUAAUUUGUGUCCACCUUUUAAGUGGCUGAACAACACUUCAUACACUUCUCUUAAACAGGCUUAUCUCCUAAAUCUCAUCCCAUGACCCUGUUCUUUUUUGUGUCACUGAUCUUACACUUGUGCAGCCUUUUCACACGCUAUUUAAACAGCAGUAUCUCUCCCCCCUUUUCCCCAUUGGCAUGAGAUUAGAAAUCCAAGCACAUAGAUUUUCGAGAUUUUAUUUUAUUGUCAUGUGACUAAUUUUUCUGAGAUAACCUGAGAUAAUUAGAUUAUUGGUUAUAUAAGGAGGCACAAACCUUUUGAAUGGGAAUCUUCGCACACAGGGUAGGAUAUUGGCAGGCAGGCAGUCAUUGGUUAUUAUGUUAAACCUAGCAUGUGCCUCUUCUCUCUGGGGCCUCCGUAAUCCCAGCAGAUUUGCGGCAGUCCCUGUCUCCAGUCCGCAGCUUGACCUAGAUUAGAUAAAGGCACACAUGUGAGAACACUCAUAUUAUACAGAUAACAUUCCCACAACCUGCAAUUAUGAACAACAGUGUCAGUAGUUUUUUUACAUAAAUGUCCUUAAAAAGAUCCCGACGAAUUCUAUGUUUUUAUUUAUUUCAGUUUGUGUUUGCAUGUGUUACAUAAGAAACCUAUGGCCUUAAACAUGUUGUAAUCAUUGUAGACUGACUUCCAAAGUUAAAGUAAUCAGUCUUAAUGAUUUAGUUGUUUAAUCUAUUUUGUCUGUUUUAAAAUUAUAUAAAAAAAAAAAACUCUUACACAGGACUUCAUGCUUUCUAAUUGUUGAACCAAAACACAAACUUGGAGGAGAAUGUACACUUGGAGGCAUUUUGGUAUUUUCAUCUAAAAAGGAGUCAGGUUCAAGAGAAUUUUGUAGAACUUUGCACACUGAAAACUAAUCGUCUGGUAAAUUUGUGUCAGUUAAGCUUUAGAUGUUGGGACCAGUGACACAUAUUGAUACUGUGGUGCUUUUUUAAAGUUGAUUGUUUUCUCACCUCUUUCUCUGUCUUUUUUGUGCUAAGAAGCACAAGUUAUAAUUUAUCCAAUUAUUUUCUUACUUCUGAAAAGCGUCAUACUCUGUACUUGCAUAUUAAGUUCUCCAAUCUUUCUGUUAUAGUGUAUGUCUGUAUAAAAUGCAAAAGACUAUGUAUAAAUGAUAAAUAAAUGUUUUGAAGCAGCA